CUGCAGCUCGCGCACACACACACACGCAGACACACACAUACAUAUCUAGUAGAGCUGGGGCUUCAUACCUGCGAGCGAGAAGCGGUUUAACUACAAAUCAAGCGCAGGAGAAGAUAGAUUUCUGGGAGGGCAGGCUGCCUGCUGUGGCUUUUCCUUAGUUUUGAGCCUGAUCUGCAGUCCCAGAGAAAGUAGCAGAGGGAACAUUUUCCCCUUAUUUGGCCAGGGAGAAUCCCUCUCUUACUUGUGGGUGAAACGAAGAGUUUGAAGCAGCCAUGGGAAAGAAGAACCAGAACCGUGAGGAUGAUGAGUCUGGGUCCUCAGAUGAAGAGGAAUACGUGGUAGAAAAGGUCCUGGACAGAAGGGUUGUGAAAGGACGGGUGGAAUAUUUUCUAAAGUGGAAGGGUUUUACAGAUAAACACAACACCUGGGAGCCAGAGAAGAACCUCGACUGUCCGGACCUCAUCUCAGAAUUCAUGAAGACUUAUAAAAAAGGAGGCAGCAGCACAGGCACCCCCAGCAGCGGGGCCAAAUCCUCCAGCACAGCCUCCACUGCGGUCCGCUCCAAAGACAGCAGCAGCAGCAAAAGGAGAAACUCUGAUGAAGAAGAGGAGGGAGGAAGCAAGCCAAAGCGGAAAAAAGAGGAAGAGAUUCUUGUUGCGAGGGGCUUUGAGAGAGGCCUGGAACCGGAGAAGAUCAUUGGUGCAACAGACUCUUGUGGGGAUCUUAUGUUCCUAAUGAAGUGGAAAGACUCAGACGAGGCGGAUCUUGUGCUUGCGAAGGAGGCCAAUCACAAGUGCCCACAGAUCGUCAUUGCCUUCUACGAGGAGCGUCUCACCUGGCACGAGGACGGCGAGAAGAAGGAGAAGGGUGCUGCCGCUGUGUAAAAGAGAGAGAGAGCCAGCGAGUGGAGGGGAGGGUGUGGCGGAUGUGUGAGGGGGGGGCGUGACCCCACCCAAACCUCCCGACACCCCAACACCCUCCCCCCUCCGGAGACGGACACGAGUGCACUCACAAUCCGCCCUUUGUUAUGGACCAUUUUAAAAACACCACCAGCCUCCUCGCUGCGGGAGGUCUCUACCCACCACUUUGUUACACUUUGUCUCCUUUCAUCCUUCAUGUAAAAAAAACGACAAAAAAAGGCAACUCUUUCCAGCUCUGACCACGUCUCCAGGAUUGUGGGAUCGGCGAGUGAUGGAGGACUGUGGGAAGGGGUUUUGUUUAGGGGCGGGGGGAUUGGUUUAGAUGUUAGACUGGUGGAAUCUUCAUCAUCAUCAUGCAUUUCUCUGUUAAUUCUUUGUUAAUUCUAAGCUUCACUCUGUUUAUAAAUGUGUUUUUUUUGUUUGUUUUGUUUUUAUAAUAAUCAUGUUUUAAGUAUUUGUGCCCCUAUGGUCAUGUAUGUUCUUAAGAGAUGUGUGACGGCGUGUGGUAGCUGGGUAGAUUUCCAAUACAGCAGCACAUGAUGAUAAAACCCCUACAGUCGGAUGGCGUUCGUUCGGUAUGUGAUUUGAUUUAAUAUAACGAACAUAAAUUUAGAAAUCGACUUGUUUGUUUUUGUGUUUGUUUGUUUGUUCUGCAUCUGAACGCUGGAUUAGUUUCAGAGCACCUUUUUUUCCUGUUAUUUUACUGAGCGCCCCAAACUACUGUUUCACUUUCUUUUCUUUUUCUUUAUUUUUCUAAGUGCGCUUCACAGAUAAAAUUAAACAGAAUCACGUUUUCCUCUCUUAUUUUUGCUCCACUUGAGGAAUGUUUGCAAUCUCUCCGACCCCAGCGAAACUUUUUAAACUUUUUUCUAACUUUAGAAUUACUUUUAAACUGUUAAAACAAUCAUUUGACAUUUGGCUUGCUUUAGCCAUAUCUGCAAGUGGGGAUUUUAAAAAAAGUAUGAAUGUCAACUCAACUCAACUUUCUGAUUUUUCUUUUUUUUUAUCUUAUAAAUAUAAUUUCAUAGGCAUUUCCAUGUGCAAAAUUGUGAUUGUGAUUUCUAAACAUCCCAUGCCUCCACUGCUUGGGUUCAUAGUGAUUUAAUAGUCAGUCGCACAUCUUUAAUCUUUCAAAAUAACGGUGUUACAAAUGGUUCUUUUGAGCGAUUUUAGUUAAUCUUUAUGCUCUGUGACCUUUUUUAUUACUCUUAUUUUAUUAGGAUAAGCAUUUUAAGCAGUUUAAACUGUUCACAAGUUAUACCAGUGUGGAGGAAAGAGUUCAGUUUAGAGUUUAAAAAAGAACUACUUUUAUAUUAACCCCUUAACAGGCCAGCAUUUUUGUCAAAUUUCUGCCUGAUAUUAUUACACAACUACAUCUUAUGAUCUAAUAAAGAUUUCUAUACAAGCAUUACAUUACAUUACAUAAAACGGUACUUAUUGAAAUAGAAUGAAUUAAAUCAACUAUAAUAAAAUUGGCUCUUGCCUGAACUUUAAAAUCAGUAUUUUUUUUUUGUUUAAUACUGAUUCCAGUUACUAAUCUGGAAUUAUGAAGUGUAUUAACAGUAGAGUGUGAACAGGCAGGCAGAUUUCAAAGCUCUCAAUUUUUUCAGAAUGUGAAUAAUCUGUUUUACUGCAGAGUAAAAGGGGUUUUGCAUAAUUUACACAUGUAGCCUUUAUAUGUAUAUGUGUGUAUAUAUAUAUGUAGGCCUGUAAAGGGGUUUUAAAUGAUGGUUCUUUACUUAAACUAAAACUAAAACAUCUUUUUUAAUUUAUGAUCUGGUUAAAAAUGGUUCUUUUUGUUGUCAUUUUUAAAGAACUAUUUGUUGUGCCUUUAUUCUGAAGAAUUGUUUAAACCGGGCCGUGUGAUUGGUCCAUGAUGGUUAGACCCAAAUGCUCCACCUUGUGGCCAAUAGACUGAUGAAGCUCAACCUUUUUUUUAUUUUUAUUUUUUUAAAUCACCUUUGGUUAGUGUGGAGGCUGGCUGUGACCAUAUCCCUGUUCUAUCUCUACCCUUUUACUUUAUUUUAACUUUUUAUUUUAAUUUUAUUUUUAAAAGGGGUUUAGCUUUUAUGUUGGUUAAAUUCGUCAGAUUCUCUCGUUCUUUUUUUAAUUUUUUUUUUUCAGUCCUGAUUUUAAGUGGAAAUGGUGUUUUUAACAGGGUUGUGAACUCAGGUGUGCAAUUCUGUGUUUGUGUUGAGCCACUGGACAAAUAAAACACCCAGUUAUACAGUUAUAAUAAACUAAAAAAGUGAAAAAAUCGAGCAGCCAGGGUGAUUUAAAAGCCCAGUCAGAUUAAGAAAAGCUGUGCUAGCCUAUCAAAUUCCCUCUUGAACUGUUUUUUGUUUUAUUUUUUAUUUUAUUUUUUUGUUUCUUAGUAUUUCCUGUGUUUUUUUUUCUUCCUUGUACUGUGUGUCUCCACAGUGGUGGAUAAUAUAAUAUAAUUGACUGAUUUUUAAACAUGCUAAGUAAGUGCUGUGAUUGGACAGUGGAGUGUUUUUUUUUUAAGGCGGGGACACAGUUAGUUGAUUUCUAGACGCUACCGAUUGUGAUAAAGUUAAAACGUCAAAAGAACGUCAGAACGAGACGAACGUCGUUUAAAAUGUUCUGCUGUUCAGAGAUCAGAUGUGUGUUUGGGGGUUUUUAUUUGGCUUCCUGUCUGAAUGAAGCUAAGCUGUAACAGGGUUGUGCAUUUUUAUAUAUAUAUAUAUUUCACUUGCGACUGUAUUUUUAUUUUAUUUUUAUUUUUUUGUCCUUUUUAUGUUUUUUAUGGUUUUUUUUUUUUAGUUUUCUUCUUCUUCAUCAUCAUCAUCAUCUUGUUCUUGUUCCUCCUGUUCGUCCCAUCCUGUUAUAAGAGAGCACCCGUCCCAUCACUGAUGAUCGUUUUAUAAAAGAUGUCCAUUCAAUCAAGUGUUUUCAAAAACAUGCUUUUGAUGUCUUUUACCUAAUGAUUCAUUUUUUUUAAAUGUCUUGUAUCAAAUUGUAGUAAACCUAGUUUUCAACAUUA